AUGGAUCAAGCUAAGCUGGCAAAGAUGCAACAGUCUGUGCGAAUUGGAGGCAAGGGUACGCCCCGGAGGAAAGUGAAGAAAGUCCACAAGUCAUCCGGCACAGACGACAAAAAGCUACAAACGUCCCUGAAAAAGCUCAACGUCCAGCCUAUUCAAGCCAUUGAAGAGGUCAACAUGUUCAAAGAAGACGGAAAUGUGAUCCACUUUGCUGCGCCUAAAGUCCAUGCAUCCGUCCCUUCGAACACCUUUGCCAUCUACGGCGCCGGCGAGGACAAAGAACUCACCGAGCUUGUCCCCGGUAUCCUGAACCAGCUUGGCCCAGACAGCCUUGCAUCUUUGCGCAAAUUAGCCGAGAGCUACCAGAGCUUACAGAAGAAGGAUGGAGGGGAGGGUGGAAAGGCGGAGGAUGAAGACGACGAUGAUAUACCAGAACUGGUAGAGGGAGAGAACUUCGAGAGCAAAGUCGAAUGA